AUGGAGAGAGUAAUAAACAAUAUGUUUGAAGGUUGGAAGUACAUUACAAAUCUGCAUCACCAUUACAAUGGUCGAGUAGUUGUAGCAUGGAGACCUGAUUACUAUCAAGUCAGGUACAUAAGUGGUACUGCCCAAAGUAUAACAUGCCUAGUUACAGAUGUUGUUCUGCAGAAGGAGUUUUAUAUGACAACUGUGUACGCUUUUAAUACAAGGGAUGAAAGAAGAAGUUUAUGGCAACACUUAGAAAGUAUGAGUGGAGGAAUAAAGCAACCAUGGUUGGUAACAGGGGAUUUCAACUCUGUCCCACAAGCAGAUGAUAGAAUAGGAGGAAAUCUAGUUACUAUGGGAGAAGUGAUGGAUUUCCAAGAGUGUAUUGACUCUUGUGAACUCAUGGAGUUACCAUGUGGAGGUUAUAGAUACACAUGGAAUGACAAACAUGGUGAUAAUAGAGUUUUUUCAAAAAUUUACUGGGCUUUUUUCAAUAGAGAGUGGCUGGAUCAUAUGCCAGUGGUCCAGGCUACAUAUCUAGUGGAGGGAAUAAGUGAUCAUUGUCCACUGAGAAUAAGUAAAGAUACAGGAAGGGGGAAGAGGGCUAGAGCUUUUAAAUUCUGUAAUGUGUGGGAUUUACACCCUCAGUUUAAAGAGGUUGUAAUACAAGGAUGGCAACAACAAGUAGCAGGAUACAGUAUGUUUCAAGUAGUUAAGAAACUGAAGUUACUAAAGAAGGCACUGAAGAAGCUCAAUCAACAGCACUUCAGGAAUAUCUUAACAGAGGCUGAGGAAGAUAGGGCAGCUUUAAACCAAGUCCAGAAUAGAUUGCAUUCUGACCCCUCUAAUAAAGCUUUACAAGAACAAGAGAUAGCUAUGUAUCAGAAAUUCAGGAAUUCCUCUUAUCUAGCUGAAAUGUUUUUAUUACAAAGAAGCAAAGCAAGAUGGAUUAAGCUAGGAGAUGACAACACUAGGUACUUCUACUCAGUAAUCAGGCACAAAAGACUGCAACAAGCCAUGACACAAAUCAAGGAUCAACAUGGGGAAUUAGCAACAGAUAAUGUAAGCAUAGCAAAUGUUCUGGUAGACUACUAUGAAACUAUGCUAGGAAGGGAAGGAAGAAGAAGAGCUAAAGCAUUUCAUAGCUUUCUGAAGAAUGGCACUACUCUGAAUUCUACACAGCAGAUGGAACUCAUACAAACAUUCAUAGUCAAGGAAGUGAAACAAGCUAUGUUCAGUAUAGAUGUGAACAAAAGUCCAGGUCCAGAUGGUUAUGGAAGUAGUUUCUACAGGGAAGCUUGGAAUAUCAUUGGUAAUGAUGUUACUGCAGCAAUAUUGGAAUUCAUGGAGAAUGGAAAACUGUUAAGGAAAGUCAACUCAACAGUAAUAUCUUUGAUUCCCAAAGUCCUAGUCCCAGAGUUUGCAAGUCAAUUCAGACCAAUUUCUUGCUGCAAUGUCAUAUACAAAUGCAUUUCCAAGAUGAUGUGCAAGAGGCUCAAGAAAGCUGUAUCAAUACUAGUAGCUGAGAACCAUGUAGCUUUUGUUGAAGGUAGAUUUUUUAUUCAUAAUGUCCUUAUCUACCAUGAUUUACUGAGACACUAUAAUAGGAAAACAUCUCCUAGAUGCCUUAUGAAAAUUCAUUUGAGAAAGGCAUAUGAUAUGAUCAACUGGGAUUUCAUAGAGGAAGCUCUGAAAGGAUUUGGAUUUCCAGAUUCAUUCACUAAACUGGUGAUCACUUGUGUGACUACAACCCAGUCCUCUAUAAGAAUUAAUGGAGAAAACCAUGGUUAUUUUAAAGGCAGGAGGGGGCUUAGGCAAGGGGAUCCUAUCUCACUCCUAUUAUUUGUUCUAGUAAUGGAAUAUCUGUCAAGGGUUCUUGGUAAGAUGAGUGAACUCCCUGACUUCAGAUAUCACCCCAUGUGUAAGGAAACAAGGUUAACUCACUUAGUAUUUGCAGACGAUUUGAUGAUUUUCUGCAAAGGAAAUCUGAAAUCCAUAGCUAGAGUGAUGGAGGCAUUAUAG